AUGGACCGAGUCGGGAAGGAUGGUUCUUAUGAUACAUGGCACACCACUCGUAACCCGCAUGGGCAGGCCAACCUCAAGAAUAUUGCUACAAGGAUGCGGAGGCAGGGCGUCAAGCACGGCAGGGUCCGCGCUUUUUCUUCCUACAGUCCAUUUCCUCCCCGGGGGAGUUCCACGAGCCCCGCGCUGCAGCCCAAAGAAUGGCACACCGACCUCCUCAUCGACAAUUUCCGCCCGGUGAAACGCCCCAGUGGCGUCCGGGGGAUCCCCCAGGUUCCGCGCCGCACCUGGGGCGCGUUUGUGCUCCGUCCGAAGCCCACGAACGCGUCGUUCGAUAAGGGGAAGUGCGGCUUUGCGCGCGCACACAGCAAGUGCUGCCACGUGUCGCUCGUGAGCGGCAAGGCCCGAGGGAAGUGCAAAGGCCGAAAGAACCGAGAGCGAGGGGACGGGGCGUUCUUUGACGCGGAUUGGGUGGUGCCUGUUCGGGCGGGGAGGCGGCCGGGUCCGGAGGAUGACGUCGGCGAGGACGAGGACGAGGUCAGCGGGGACGUUGGUGACGUCAGCGAAGGAGAGGGGAGCGCGCGCCCCGAGAGGAACCGCUGCGAAGCAUUGGGGAAGACGUGCCGGGAUGUGUGGUCGGAGGUGGGAAGGAAGCUCCGAAUUAGAAGGCGGUUGGGAGUUCGUGACCAGGAGGAGAGCAUAUUCGGGCACUGCUUUGGUUGAGGGUUCCGACAGCGCAUGGGAGGUGUUGCAACUGGAAGCGUAGAUUUUGAUUGAUCCAUUGCUUAUUCUGAAGUGAUCUCCUGCUCAUGUGCAGCAGAUCGGAGUGCGGUACUGAACAGCCUGCCAAAAUAGGCCGUAAACAUUGGCACUAUGCCGCUAAUAUAGAUCUAGGAACAGGACCACAGAACAUUUUGUUGGAGGACAGUUCCAUGCUUCGAUCAGGUUGAUCUAAGCAGGGAUCUUUGCAUGGAAUCUUAACAGUGACAGCUAGCUGUUGCACGCCACACUGACAUGCUGGGUGCUUUUAAGUACAGAAACCAACUCGGCGAUCAGCCCCAUCUUGGACCUUCACCGAGGUGCCAGCGCUGCAGUGCGCGUGCAUUGCACGGACUUCAACCAC